AUCCAAAAAUCAUUAGUAAAAGGAUAAGUAUUUUUUUUUUUUGUCAACAACUUUAGUAGAAAGGUAAUUUCAGUUGGAUUAUUUUGUUAUUAUUAUUUUGGUUGAUUUGGUACUUAAUUAAUGAAAUUUAUCAUUUUUUGUAACCUCUUUCUCAUUUUCCAUCCACAUAUACCAUGUAUUCAUUCUCUUUUUUCCUCCAUCUUCACUUAGGAAAUCGAAUGCAAUAUCCAAAAUCAUUAGUAAAAGGGUUUAUUCGGUUGGAUUUUUUUUUUUUUAUUGAUUGGUACUUAUUCAAUUUAAUUUAAUUUUUGGUAACUGUUUUCUCCUCCUUCUCCAUUAUUCCAUAUAUCCCUUUAUAUUUCCUUUAAUCAUUAAUUAAUAAUAUAGAAAUUGCUAAAUAUCCUUUUAGAUUAUAUAAUCUUCCAAAAUAUAGGAAAGCUAUAAGUCGGUCUAUAUGUUGUAUAUAAAGGUCAAUAGACGUGAAAUUAAGUUUAUACAACAAGAAGUUUUUGAGACGCCCCUCUAGGUUUUCUUGACAAAAAUAAUGAACUCGGAAAGCGAAAAGAUGGAGAAGGAAACUCAGGAAAACUCGACCGGACCCGAUGCUUCCUCUCCUCCCACUUCGUCUACUCCUUCCUCUUCUUCUAAGAGUACAUGCGCGUUGUGCUUGGAUGAGAUGAAAAAGGGAGACGGGAAGGCUAUAUUUACUGCAGAGUGCUCUCACUCGUUUCAUUUCGAUUGCAUAAACUCCAACGUCAGAUACGGAAACAGGAUUUGCCCUUUAUGCAGAACUCAAUGGAAACAAGUCCCUUUCUUUCAUGGUAACCCUUUCCCUCAGCCUCAACAAGUCCCGUUGUUUCAUGGUAACCGACAAGUCCCUUUGUUUCAUGGUAACCCUUUCGCUCCGGCUCAAAUGGGUUUUGAAGACGAUGAGUCUUUACCUCACGGAGAGACACAAAUCCAGAGUGCUGAUCAUCCUUCUGAUCGUCAAGCCCUCGAGAUUAAACUCUUCCCUGAAGUCUCUGCUCUGGCCAAACCGGUCAGUCGUGGUGAUUUUGCUGCGCUGGUUCAUCUUAAGGCGGAGGGUGUGAGUGAUGAUGAAAGGCGCACUCGAGCUCCUUUGGAUCUCAUUGCUGUUCUUGAUGUGAGUGGUAGCAUGGCAGGAGUCAAAUUGGAGCUUGUGAAAAAGGCAAUGGGUUUUGUGAUUCAGAAUCUUGGUGAGACCGAUAGGCUCUCUGUGAUUUCCUUCUCGUCCACGGCUCAAAGACUAUUUCCUCUUCGACUGAUGUCUGAGACGCGAAAGCAAGCGGCGAUGAAGGCUGUUAACUCCUUGGUUGCUCGUGGCGGGACUAACAUUGCAGAGGGGCUCAAGAUUGGUGCGAGAGUGAUUGAGGAUAGGCGGUGGAAGAACCCUGUUUCGGGGAUGAUGCUUUUGUCUGAUGGACAGGACAACUAUACUUUUUCUCAUGAUAGGGUCCGUCUGAGAACAGAUUAUGAGUCUUUGCUUCCGAGUUCUUCUCGGAUUCCAACUCAUACCUUCGGGUUUGGCUCAGAUCACGAUGCUGAGUUACUGAACGCAAUUUCAGCAGCGUCUAGUGGGACGUUUUCGUUCAUCGAAGCAGAGACUAUGAUUCAGGAUGCUUUUGCGCAGUGCAUUGGAGGGCUUCUCAGCGUCGUGAUUCUUGAUCAAGUUGUCGAAAUAGAAUGCGUUCAUGAGCAGGGCCUGAAAAUAUCCUCCAUAAAAUCAGGAAGCUACAAAAGCCGUAUAGCAUCUGAUGAGAGAAGUGCCAAAAUCGAUGUGGGAGCCAUGUACGCAGAAGAAGAAAGGGACUUGCUGGUGAUUCUUGGAAUCCCGUGCUGCGACAAUGUGUCUGCUGCAUCCGAUUCCCUGUCGUUGCUCAAGGUUAGAUGCGUGUACAAAGAUCCUUUUACGAAAGAGAUAGUCCGUGUGGAAGCUGGAGAACUAAGCAUCCAAAGGCCAAUGGAAGUAACAGGAGAAGAAGUGGUGUCUAUAGAGGUCGACAGGGAACUAAAUAGGUUUCUUGUUGCACAAGCUAUGUCAGAGGCUAGAGAUUUAGCCGAUGGGGGUAAUCUGAGCGUGGCAGUUGAGAUUCUUAAAAAGUGUGAGAGAGAAUUAUCGGAGACAGCGUCUGCGCGGUCGGGUGAUGGGCUUUGUAAAUCACUGUCGGCCGAAUUGAGUAAAUUGCAAGAAAGGAUGGGGAGCCAGAUGAUGUACGAAGGAUCAGGGAGAGCUUACAUGUACUCGACCAUGAGCUCUCUUUCGGCUCAAAGAGCAGUGGCUUGUGGAACCAAAGUAGGUUGUAUUGCUCGUAGCAGGGGAAUGGGAGGAGGAGGGGGAAUGGGUUAUCAGACGUCUGCAAUGGCUCGUAUGGUGAAUAAGUCUCAGAAGGAUCGAAAGCCCUAAAUCCAUCCCCCGCUCUUGGAGACCAAAGCUGGAAGAAUAAUAAAAUGGGUUUUGUGAUUUGCUGGUUUGGUGAGUGUUUAGAGAGAAAUUCAGUUGGUUCAGUCUGAACCGGGGACAUGGCUUUUACUGGUUAUCCGUUCGAGAUUUGUUGCUUUAUCUUUAUCUUUUUUUUUUUUUUUUUUUAUCGUUGUUUUCUUAUUACUACAUUUUUUAUUACUACAUUUCUUCUCUAAAAAUUUGUUUAAUUUGAUUUCUUAUUUUUGGAACUA